ACGUCAUACACACUCACAUACAAACAUAAAGCACUGGUAAUAGUCGUGAAUGACUACCCUAUGAAAGCUAUUUACAAAAUAAAUGAUCCAAAAGUAAACUUUAAAAUUGCGAACAAAAUUAAAGUCAUAUCUAGUUUUUUGAGAGCCAUUUGGAUGUUUGAAGUUAUAUUUAAGACAUAAUUGUGUGGAAAUGACCUCAUCAUCCAGUGAUACGACUAAUAGCUCACUGACGGGUACAUCACCGUUGAUUAGCAAACUGUCCAUAACUCCCGUCAUUACUACCGAUCCCUCCACUAUAAAGAAAGGUCUACUUUGGCAACAAAGAGACCGAUUUUUUAGCCGUUGGAAAGAAAGAUAUUUUGUCUUAACAAAGGAUUAUUUUUCGUGCUUUAAGAAGGGAUCUAAAGUAGGGAUGUCUGAAAUGGGAAGCUUUAUGUAUAAAUUAACUCUAGUAGAUGUUGAGGGUCUCAAUUGGGCCGAUAAGAAAAGGGAUGGAGUUAUAGCCAUUCGGGUGGGCACUGAAGGACAGUUACUUUUGUGGACCAAUUCAGGUUUGGAUGAGUGGAUGUUUGCUUUGAGAGAAGCCGUUAACAGAAGUAAAGGCAGAAGAGAAGCCUUACGUAAAUCACAAACAUUAUUGCCGUCAAUGACUGGCGGAAACAUUUGGAACCGCCAAAAGAUAACUUCAUUGCACUACCAAUUGACUGACAGUGCCAUCGGAGCCAGUAAUACAACAUCACGAUUACAAAGAGCUACCAGUGCUGAUUUCACCAAUUGUGACGAUGCAAACCGUCAAUUAAGGUCAACCAUUCAUCACAAUCCCACACCAGUACUGAACCGACGCCUACAACGUAUAUCAGUUUUAACAAACAUCGAUCUGAGUCUCGAGAGAGACGCGAGUAAUAGGAAAUCAGUUGCUGUUACUGAUGACCAACAACACCAACAAAUGAUACCGAAUAGGGCUGGUCUUCCUCGACUCGCUCCACAAUGCGGUGGUAACGUCACUACUAAUGGCAAUCAAGUGGCCAACAGUUCACAGCACAGCUCUUUACAGUCGUUGGUAUCAUUGGGUCGAACCACUGGACACUUGAUUAGCAAUCAACUAAACAGACCGAGUCCUCGAUCAUUGCAAGUGUCACCAGCUUUGACACAACGAUCACUAUAUGCACAACACAUACUAUCUUCGCCUGAGAUAAUUGGUAUCAAUACAACUGAUUCAAGACACCAUCAAAUGGCUAAAUCUGCUCUGAAAACUGCAACUUCAGAAUUUUCAUUUAUUAGACCUGACUCUCCCCUAACACUUCCUCAUAAUAGCCACAUAUCAACUGCCGGUAAUAAUCCAAAGAGACCACAAUAUCAACGAUCGCAAAGUUGUCUCGAACCGCAACAAAAGGCUGAUUCACAAAAGUUUGCUAAUCAUAUCUCCAAUGGAGUAAACAGAUCGCAAUCGGCUUCAACUAAGCAGACAAUGGAAAAAAUGAUACAACAAUCUACCCGUCCAUCCAGUAUUUAUGGUCAGCCAUCACUAACAGAUAGGACUUCAUUUAGUGGCAAUCGAGUCAAUCAUAACAGUAAUUACCGUAUAGAAGAAUAUGUUAGUUCUGGUGACCCAUCGAUUGGUUUAACAGCUAAUAAUGGACACAACGGUUACGCAAAUAUGAUGAACGGCAGAGUAGGUGUGAGAGACACUAAGUCAAUGCCAAAGAGACAUAUUAACAGACACUAUAAGCCUUCAAAGUCCGACACUGUUUUUGCCACAACUAAUAGACUUCACUCCAUAAGUAGUAGUGGAGAGAAAAGUCCUAUUAAUGAAAGUAAUGUCUCGACAAACGAUAAACUAAUUAAUAGAAAGAGAAUUCAAUCCAAAGAGCUGUUUGCCAUCAGAUGA